CUGGGAAGGAGCUCCUCAGGCAGCGGCGCUUGAUCGCCUGACAGGCUGGUGCCAACUCUCAUUGAAAACCGGAAUUUGUACGCAGUUCAAAGGCAAAAUAAGCACCUUUAGCUAAGAAGGAUACACUGUGCGUUAUUUCUUGAUCCUGUUAGUGCUGAGACUCAGAGUUAAAGCAUGGGGAACGGCGUCAAUAAGGUUCUCCAAGAUUUGUACUUGGGAAACUUUAAGGACGCAAGAGACAGAGAACAGUUAGCCAGAAACAACAUCACACACAUCCUGUCUAUUCAUGAGAGCGCGGCUCCGAUCCUCCCGGAGAUGACUUAUCUGUGCCUCUCUGCAGCAGACAUGCCUACACAGAAUCUAACUCAACAUUUCAAACAGAGUAUAACGUUCAUGCACGAGUCCCGGCUGAAAGGAGAAGGCUGCCUCGUUCACUGUUUGGCAGGAGUGUCUCGCAGUGUCACCCUGGUGGUAGCUUACAUCAUGACCUUGACAGGUCUGGGCUGGCAGGAUGUGCUCGCUGCUGUGAAGGUGGUCCGGCCCUGUGCCAACCCCAACCUGGGCUUCCAGAGGCAGCUGCAGGAGUUUCAGGAUACUCAAGCUGAAGGGUUCAGGGAAUGGCUUCGAAAGAGCUACAAGGACAACCCCUUUAACGAUACGGCUGAUAUUCAAGAAUUACUGGCAAAGGUGCCAAAAGUCAACAAAGAAGAGAUGGAACAACAUGCAUCUACUUUGCCUGAAGGUGUUUAAUAAGAGCUGAUGAGGAGGUCUUUGACAGCUCAACCAAACGUGAUGUCCUGAACAGAUUUGCACCUUAGUAGAAGUUGUAAAAGCCACAGAAACACAAUCCUCUGUAUCUCUCUUACACAUUUAAUAAAAUGCACAUUUAUAAUGGUGGAAAUAUCUUUCCACACUUGUAUUUCAUCAGCAUUUUUAGCAUUUAUUGAUCAAAGUGUUUAAGAUGUGUCUUUUUUUUUUUUACUUGUACAUUUUCAUUGUGUCUGUAUGAUCUGAAAGAGACAAAUAAAAGAAGCAAAGACAAGUGCAUGGGUAGU